AUGGAGAACGUCGAAGAACGAUCGGUAAGCGUGAAGCAAGAGAUCGUCGACAAUGCCGCCAGUAAGGACGUCGCGCAGCCAGUUGGAGUACGAUUGUAUCUCGUGAUAGCAUCUCUGUUACUUACCCUUUUCUUAUCUGCCAUUAAUGUUACCGUUGUCGCAACCGCUUUACCGACUAUUGCUGCGCAUCUCAAUGCCACCACAUCCGAGUAUUCAUGGGUAGGCAGUGCCUAUACACUAGCCAGCACGGCAUCAACACCGUUGUGGGCUAGAGUAUCCGAUAUCUGUGGUCGAAAAGAGAUUUUGAUGGUAACCAAUGUGACCUUUCUUGUCGGAAGCCUGAUAUGUGCUCUGAGUAUCUCGCCCGGAAUGAUGAUUGGAGGUCGAGUUGCGCAAGGCCUGGGUGGUGGUGGCAUAUCGGUAGUUGUAACCAUAGUUAUUGGUGACUUGUUUCCGCUGAGAGAAAGAGCCAAAUACUAUGCUUUGACUGGUAUUGUAUGGGCAAUAUCCAGUGGUGUUGGACCGCUGCUGGGAGGCGUGUUUACCCAAACGAUAGGGUGGAGGUGGUGCUUCUACAUAAAUCUUCCAUUUGAUGGGUUAUCGCUCGCCUUCCUUUUUCUUGCCCUCAAGCUGCCAGCCAAGAAACAGAAACAAUCAUGGCAAAGCCUCCUUUAUUCAUUCGACUGGCUUGGAUCCAUCCUCAUUGUCGGCGGUACAAUAUGUUUUCUCUACGGACUGGAAGUCGGUGCUAGUAAACAACAUCCAUGGGGAAGUGCAUAUACCCUUGGACUACUCAUUACUGGAAUAGUCAUCCUCACCAUCUUUGGCUUAUACGAAACAUUCUAUGCAAACAAUCCGAUCGUUCCAAUCCGGGUCCUGAAAGAUAGAUCUAUACUUGCAUGUCUCUCCACCGCAUUCUGCCACUCCUUUAUAUUUAUAGCCUACGACUACUUCAACCCUCUGUAUUUUCAGACCGUUCUCGGGGUUACUCCCAUCCAGUCUGGACUUUACACGCUUGCGCUUGUGUUACCAUUGUCUGCGAUGACUUUAACCAGCGGUUUUAUCGUCAAGCGGACCGGAGCAUAUCGACCUGUCAUCUGGGUUGGAGGAAGUAUCAUGGUCUUAGGAACAGGUCUAUUCAUUGAUUUUGGCCCAAGCCGUGUGGUAGCGAAAAUUGUUGUCUAUCAAAUAAUCGCGGGUCUCGGAGCUGGGCCACUGUUCCAAGCGCCCAUGAUCGCAUUCCAAAGCCAGCUAAUAAGAAAAGAGGAUCUUCUUGCGGCGGCUAUUGCCGCUUUCACAUUCUUGAGAAAUUUGUCCACGGCACUGUCGCUCGUUGUUGGUGGGGUCAUUUUGCAGCAUGGGUUGAGUAGUGAUGAGACAUUGUAUCUCAAAGAUGGAUCCAGCUUGAGUUUUAGUGGAAGCUCUGAGGAAAGUAGUCUCCAAGAUGGCAUUGUCAAUGGGUUGAAGACUAUGUGGAUCUUCUAUGUCGCUGUUGGAGGAGUGAUGUUGAUCUCGUCUCUUGCAAUUGGCAAAAAGGAUCUCGAUAGCAAUCCGGAUGAGUAG